AUGCUGCUCAUCCUCCUUGCAGCGAUCAUUUGGGGAACAACCAAUCCGUUGCUGAAACGCUACAGCAGCGGCAUGGCUGCAGGGUCCUCCUCGUUUGCGGAGGAUUUUUGCUUCCUUGCGUCGCGGCCAAAGUACCUGGCGACACAGCUUCUCAACCUGGGUGGGUCGGUUUGCUUCUUCGCCGGGCUGCGUCACGUCGACGUGGCGGUUGGCAGCACGGUCGCUAACUCCUUGGCGUUUGUGCUCACCGUGCUGAUGAGUGCCUUUGUAAUGCGGGAGGGCCCACUGCAGCCGGUGACGCUUCUGGGCUGCACUCUGGUGGUAGCGGGGACGGCGCUGUGUGGGCUCGCCUCCUCUAUACACGGCUAA